UUGGUGAAGUUGUUGGGUUGUUUUACUUAUUUUUUUCUAUUAGUGCAAAUAAAAGAAGAAAGAGAGAGAGUGAGACUGCUGUAUUCUGUUCUGUUGGUCCCUGAAACCGGGCUUUUCCACUUCUCUUUCGUCAGAGUCCUAGGAGUUCCUGCUGAUCAGGAGAAGAUGCCAGAAAUUCAACUGGGUGCACACACAAUUAAAUCACAUGGAGUUAAAGUAGCAAGGCUGCAUAUGCAUGACUGGCUGAUACUUGUGUUUCUUAUGGUGGUGGAGGUUGUCCUGAAUGUUAUACAUCCAUUUUAUAGGUUUGUGGGGAAGGAAAUGAUGACUGACUUGAAGUAUCCAUUGAAGAGUAAUACAGUGCCAUUUUGGGCUGUCCCUGUAAUUGCAAUUCUGAUACCAUUUGCCAUCAUCCUUAUAUACUAUUUCAUCAGAAGAGAUGUUUAUGAUUUUCACCAUGCCAUUCUAGGACUUUUAUUUGCUGUAUUAAUAACGGGGGUUAUUACUGAUGCUAUCAAGGACGCUGUUGGUCGACCCCGUCCUGAUUUUUUCUGGCGAUGUUUCCCUGAUGGAAAGGAAGUCUAUGAUACCAUCACAAGUGGUGUUAUUUGUCACGGAGAAGAUAGUGUCAUAAAAGAAGGGCAUAAAAGUUUCCCAAGUGGCCAUACUUCCUGGACGUUUGCUGGUCUAGGAUUUCUGUCAUUGUAUCUGUCUGGAAAAAUUAAAGCGUUUGAUCAAAGAGGCCAUGUAGCAAAACUAUGCAUCGUCUUCCUUCCUUUGCUUCUUGCAGCCCUUGUUGGAACUUCUCGUGUAGAUGACUAUUGGCAUCAUUGGCAAGAUGUCUUCGCUGGUGGCCUACUAGGUAUGACAGUUGCCACAUUUUGUUAUUUGCAGUUCUUCCCAGCUCCAUAUCACACAGAGUGUUGGGGGCCACAUGCAUAUUUUCAGAUGUUGGCAGAUUCUCACAGCAACCAGGACCAAUCAAGUGCUAACAAUCAUCAUCUCGCUUUUCGUGGAACAGAAAUUGAGACUGCAUAUCAGCAACGUCCAGAAAUGGAAUAUGGUGUGCGUGAUACCCGUCCCAUACUCGAUGUCGAAGCUGGAAGACGGUGAAAUCUUGUUCAACGCGUUAAAUACGCCUUCCCUUGUAACAUAGAUGAGUACCUUGUGUCUUGAAGACUCCUUUUUGAUUUAGGUUCUGAGUAUGUGCAGUUUUCUUGUUCUUUCUUUAUGUGCAGUUUGCAGGCUAAUUUAUUUGUUAGUUUGCUUUUCCAUUAGCAAAAGUUGUAGAGUUUUUAAGAAUACAUUAUAUUCCUUAA